AUGAAUGUUCACCACCGUAUCCACGUUCCACAAAAAAUAAAAACCAUCUACCACACCAAGAUCGUCAAAGUGCCAGAACACCAUCACUACUUCCAUGAGAAGGAGAAGAUCAUCCAGGUGGAAGCUCCCAAGAAAGAACAUCCCAUCUACCCGCCGCUGAAAGAGGAAGAUGUGGGAGAUUUUUCAGCGUUGGACCACAACGAUCACUAUUUCGGGGAGAGUCGGCAAAGUGUGCAGAAGAAAAGGGCUCCAACUACUAGACCGAGGAAGCCCAUCAAAAGAAAAGUCGUUGUUGUUCUUGCAUUAGUACUGGCUCUGGCUUCUGCUGCUCCUGGGUGGGGUCAUAGCAAACAUGAGCAUGUUCGCAUCCAUGUACCCUACCAGGUACACACCGUGCAUCACCACCACGUGGAGAAGGUUCACGUUCCCGUACCAAUCAUCAAGAAGGUCUACAUCCACGAGCCAGUUUAUCAUGAACCAAUCCACCAUCAUGCACCAAUCAUCGAACAUGGAGGUUGGUGAUAUGAAUCUUCGAGUAUGCCGGAAAGUGCAAAACAUCACCAGCUGCUAGUUUUGUAGUUCCACAGUCAUACUUUCUUGUUUCCAUUUUCUUUUUUUUUUUUCUUCAUCAAGUGAAUUCAAUUAAGAUGUUGAGCUUCCUCUAUAUUGCAUUUAAAUAAUGUAAACUACAAAUUACGCUAGUCAGAAAUUGUACCGGAAGCUUAAACUUGUAAUUGUACUCACCUGAUAAACUUCCUCUAUUCCCCUGUAUAUUUUUUA